CUUUCACACCACACCCAGAUCACACACAUCUUCUCAACCUCUUUCCCUCUGCAAGCUUACUACUUCGUCUUCCCGCCGCGCGAUGGCUCCAAGUUACGUCCCCAAUCAGGGCCUCUCUGGCCUCUUAAAAGAGGGUACCAAACAAGUAUCCGGCCUCGAUGAUGCCGUCCUGCGCAACAUCGAUGCGUGCCGUCAGCUUUCUGCGCUCGUCCGAUCUUCGCUUGGACCCAACGGCAUGAACAAGAUGAUUGUCAACCAUCUUAACAAGCUCUUCGUCACUUCUGACGCCGCCACAAUUGUUCGCGAGCUCGAAGUCGUUCAUCCGGCUGCGAAGCUCAUUGUCAUGGCAAGCGAGGCACAAGAGAGAGAAGUGGGCGACGGGACUGGAUUCGUCGUCGCCUUCGCGGGUGAGCUAUUAGACCAGGCGGAGAAUCUCCUCAGGAUGGGGCUCAAUACGGCAGAGGUCGUCCAGGGCUACGAGCGUGCUGGCCAAGAAGCGCUAGGAAUUUUGCAAGAACUUGCCGUCCACAAAGUGUCGGACAUCCGUGACAUCAAGUCUGUCUCGAAAGCCUUGACGUCUUGCAUAGCUUCAAAGCAAUAUGGCUUGGAGGGCACUCUCGCUCCUCUCAUCGCUAAGGCAUGCAUCUCAGUCAUGCCAGCCAACGCGAACAUGUUCAGCGUGGAAAAUAUCAGGGUCGCAAAAAUGCUGGGCGGCUCCAUCACCAAUUCCACAGUCGUCCAAGGCGCUGUCUUACUACGAGGGUCAGAGGGGACAAUAAAGAGGGUGAGCGAUGCCCGUGUUGCUGUGUAUACCUGUGAUUUUGAGGCGUCACAGUCGGAGACAAAAGGCACAGUUUUGCUUAAGUCAGCCGAAGAGUUUACAAAUUAUACGAAGUCAGAAGAAUCCAUGCUGGAAUCUAAGAUCAAGGCCAUUUCGGAAGCAGGCGUUUCUGUCAUUGCUGCACCGAAGUUUGGCGAAGUCGCUAUGCAUUUCCUUGAAAAGUAUAAGAUCAUGGCGAUCAAAUGCAUGUCCAAGUUUGACCUGCGCCGCGUCGCUCGAACGACAAAAGCUAUUGCACUCGCUAAAAUGCAAACACCAACUACUGAUGAGAUUGGACGUGGCGACCUUGUACAGGUCGAGGAAAUUGGGUCAACAAAGUGCACGGUGUUCCGACAGGAGAAAGAAGGGUCGCGUCUUGCUACCAUUUUACUUCGCGCGUCCACUCAAAAUCUCCUCGAUGACAUCGACAGAGCAAUUGAUGACGCUGUGAAUGUCUUUAAGGGCAUGACAAAAGAUCCGCGAUUUGUUGCAGGAGCAGGAGCGUGCGAGCUUGAGCUCUCAAGAAGGCUUCAGAAAUUUGCCGAAACGAGGCCAGGGCUUGACCAAUACUGCAUUUCAAAGUAUGCAGAGGCCCUCGAGGUUAUCCCGCGAGUAUUAGCUGAAACUUCUGGUUUAGAUGCUACAAACAUGAUCAGUACACUCGUCGCCGCUCACGCGGCAGGCAAGGCGACGGCCGGUCUUGAUGUCGAAGAGGGCGCUGUAAUGGAUUCAGUUGAGGCGUCCGUCUUUGACCAGCUUAUUGUCAAACAUUGGGGUAUAAAGCUGGCGACCGAUGCAGUGGCCACCAUUCUACGAGUUGACCAGAUCAUCAUGGCCAAGACGGCUGGAGGUCCAAAGCCACGAGACAUGCAAGCCGGCGAUGCGAAUGACGAGGCUCCGUAAAUUAAGGGGAUGCGUACUUACUAAAUUGCAGGUUGUCGUACAGCUAACACCAUCAAUUUUUGAAAGCGCAUGUACAUCUGACUAUCACGUAAAUAGAAUAUAUCAUUCCAGAGUUCCUUGGGACUGAGAAAAGCUGAAAUUGGGCAGAA